CCAAAUGUUUCAAAGAUUAGACAAUGUCUUUGGAAAUCCUCGGAAGUUCGUGGAUUCUAUUAUAUACGACAUCACGUCGAUAAAACCGGUUCAAGAGGGUGACACAAAGAAGUUCGUUAGGAUGGUCGACACAAUCGAAAGAUGUUGGCUCGAUUUGAAACGUACAAAUUUAACCGAAGAGAUGGAUACUAUCGCAAUGAUCAGUAUGGUCGAAAAAUUGUUGCCGCCCACCCAAAAACGGGAAUGGAUUUUGUUAGUGGAUUCAACUGAUGUAUCAAAUGGUAUGUUUGAACGCCUUCUAAAUUAUCUUCUUCGAGAAAAACGAGUCAUAGAAUAUACCGAACAAGACAUCCGAACCGAAAAAGCGAGAAAUGUUCAUCACACUUUAGCAAAUCCAGCCCAAGAAACGUCAUCAUCAAACAUAAAGCAAGAAGUUGUAAAUUAUGCGUCGGGUAGCACUCAAAAUCAUCGAUCUCCGGAAUCUCGAUCGUGGUGCUGGAUUCAUAAGACGCCCAGCCACUCAGUGGAAUUUUGUGCAAAAUUCCUAGAAAUGUCGGUAGCAGAACGGUCUGAAGUUGCAAAGCAAGCAGGAGCAUGUUUUAAGUGUCUGAAAACUAGCAGACACAUCGCCAAAAAUUGUCUGAAUUCUAGCCAAUGUACGGUAUUCGAGGAAGGCCAAAUUUGUGGUAAACGACAUCAUCCAUUAUUUCAUCGAAAAUUAUAUUCAGAUACGGCUGUAAAUCAAAACAACGAAGUACACAAUGUCCUCGGCAAUGAAGAUCGUCCUAUCUUGGCAGUCAACGCGAUCCAAUGUAAAAAUCAGCGCAUCAAUGUCAUGUGGGACUCGGGUGCCAGUGUUUCACUCAUUACUCGUCGUGCGACCCAAAGACUGGGGAUAAAGGGUAAAAGUACAACACUUUCUAUAGUAAAAGUUGGAGAUGACCACACGUCUCUCGACAGCAAAAAAGUAGAUGUUCCGCUAGAAGACCUGAAAGGGAAAAUUUGGACAGUUCCAGCAUACGAAAUUGAUGAGAUUACCGCAAAUUUAAAUCAGCUCGACGCAAAACAAAUUCAAAGUCACUUUCCAGAGAUUGACGCAUCGGUAAUCGCGAAACCUAAAGGCAAGAUCGACAUGCUAAUAGGCGUGGACUCUUGUGCCAUCAUGCCUACAGUCGUAAGAACCGUCGGGAAUAGCCAACUCCUUGAAAAUCAAUUUGGGUUAUGCGUCAGAGGCUCUUUUGAAAGGAAAAACGAAGAUAGACGAGCGACAUGUGCAAUAAGAUCUGACCCCGACGAAACUAACGUCAAGACGCCACUUCAUAUGAACAUAGAAGAACUAGGAUCAACGGAAAAGGAACUGACAAAAGACAAAGGACAAAAACCCGACCACGAAAAGAUAGAUGGCGACCUACCAGAUUGCACGAACGGUUUGCACCACAAUCUCCCGCGACCUCGUGAAUACCCGGUUACCGCUGACAUCCUUAAAAUUCACAAGUCAAUACAUCUCCGAAACUGUGGCGACCAACAUACACAUCAAUAUCUGAAACGAACCGAAACACGAACCGACAUCGACUUUGAAGAAAACCGAGCCAACGCCGACCGCUACGCCCUCACAACAUUUCGCUCACGAAACCGACUCAAUGGUGUAGUCAGCCUUACAAUUAUAGACAAGUGCAAAAAACGAAAUUCCGAAGAAAACUGCUAUGGUGAUUGUUUAAUGAAAGCAAUAACAAGGGGAAGACAUGAUGCGACCAAUAUCGGCAUAGAGACACAAUAUAUUUCGAUAGAAAUAAACUGCAAGAUCAAGGACUGUACAGUAAUUGGACUAUUUGGAUCGAACACAAACGCAAAGGUGCCAAAUUUGAUACGAAAACGACUGCUUGCGAUGACAUGCGAAGCAAAUCCGAACAGUUAUAGACUCGAUACGAAAAUGCAUUUAUUAUGUAGACGACAAACCGAAAGAAUCGAAGACCCGUCCAGCAGAAGUAGCACGAGGAGUAUUACGACUCGGAGGCCCAAGACACGAUCAGCUGACAACGAAUACUGGAGAAGAUCGAACAUCGUGAUCAAAUGGAUAAUAAAUCGUCUCAUCUCACUCUUGAAAUUCGUGAACCAAUCGGACACUGGCGGGGGGAGUGUAUCGUGAAUUUGAUAGAUUCGCGAUCGUCAGUGGACCACAUCCAAACUCCGCGCGAGCUGGUGCACUAAAUUCUUGUAAUGUGAAAUAUUUUGUUGAUCAUAAAAGUGGAAAUUUAGGAAAUUCAGGAAUAGCAAGAAAUUGGCGCACUGUAGACGAAACUUUUGUUCACAAGAAAUCGAUAAUACAUGAAAAUUUAACGAA